GCGAGGUCCGGACCGACGCGCGCUCUCGUCGCCUCGGCUGUCCCGGCGGCGCCAACCCAACCGCCCCGCCCGCUGCCGCCGUCCGACAUGCUGAGCCGUGCUUUGCUGUGCCUGGCCCUGGCCUGGGCGGCCAGGGUGGGCGCCGACGUCCCGGAGGAGGAGGACAACGUCCUGGUGCUGAAGAAGAGCAACUUCGAGGAGGCGCUGGCGGCGCACAACUACCUGCUGGUGGAGUUCUAUGCCCCAUGGUGUGGCCACUGCAAAGCUCUGGCCCCUGAGUAUGCCAAAGCUGCUGCAAAACUGAAGGCGGAAGGCUCUGAGAUCCGACUGGCAAAGGUGGACGCCACAGAAGAAUCUGACCUGGCUCAGCAGUAUGGCGUUCGUGGCUACCCCACGAUCAAAUUCUUCAAGAACGGAGACACGGCCUCCCCAAAGGAAUACACAGCCGGCAGGGAAGCUGACGACAUUGUGAACUGGCUGAAGAAGCGCACGGGCCCAGCUGCCACAGCCCUGUCUGACGCUGCAGCUGCAGAGUCCUUGGUGGACUCCAGCGACGUCGUGGUCAUCGGUUUUUUCAAGGACGUAGAGUCAGACCCUGCCAAGCAGUUCUUGCUGGCAGCGGAAGCUAUUGAUGACAUACCUUUUGGAAUCACAUCUAACAGUGGUGUGUUCUCCAAGUACCAGCUGGACAAGGAUGGGGUGGUCCUCUUCAAGAAGUUUGAUGAAGGCCGCAACAACUUUGAGGGUGAGAUCACCAAGGAGAAGCUGCUGGACUUCAUCAAGCACAACCAGCUGCCGUUGGUCAUUGAGUUCACUGAGCAGACAGCCCCAAAGAUUUUUGGAGGUGAAAUCAAGACACACAUUCUGCUGUUCCUGCCCAAGAGUGUGUCUGACUACGAUGGCAAGUUGAGCAACUUCAAGAAAGCGGCUGAGGGCUUCAAGGGCAAGAUCCUGUUCAUCUUCAUCGACAGCGACCACGCUGACAACCAGCGCAUCCUUGAGUUCUUUGGCCUGAAGAAGGAGGAGUGUCCCGCUGUCCGGCUUAUCACCCUUGAGGAGGAGAUGACCAAGUACAAACCAGAGUCAAAUGAGCUGACGGCAGAGAAGAUCACCGAGUUCUGCCAGCACUUCCUGGAGGGCAAGAUCAAGCCCCACCUGAUGAGCCAGGAGCUGCCUGAAGACUGGGACAAGCAGCCAGUGAAAGUGCUGGUUGGGAAAAACUUUGAAGAGGUUGCUUUUGAUGAGAAAAAGAACGUGUUUGUUGAAUUCUAUGCCCCCUGGUGUGGUCACUGCAAGCAGCUAGCCCCCAUUUGGGAUAAACUGGGCGAGACAUACAAGGACCAUGAGAACAUCAUCAUUGCCAAGAUGGACUCAACAGCCAAUGAGGUGGAAGCGGUCAAAGUGCACAGCUUCCCCACGCUGAAGUUCUUCCCAGCAAGCCCGGACAGAACGGUCAUUGACUACAACGGUGAGCGCACACUAGAUGGCUUUAAGAAAUUCCUGGACAGUGGUGGCCAGGAUGGAGCAGGCGACGAUGAUGACCUCGACCUAGAAGAAGCUUUGGAGCCAGACAUGGAGGAAGAUGAUGAUAGAGCUGUGAAGGAUGAACUGUAGUGCAGAAGCCAAGGGCACCCAAACCCUAACCUCGGUGGGCCAUGCUCCCAGCAGCCCACACCUCCGGAGCCUGAGCCUCACCCAAGGACGGAGAGUCAUCAGAACCCAGGGAACUUUUCUGAAGCCACACUCAUCUAGCAUACACUUAACCCUGUCUCUUGCUUUUCAGUGGGGAGAGAUCUCUCCAGCCCAUCUUGAAGAUCUGCCUUUUUCUUUUUCUAAAUUGGUGAUGUCCUUUUUUGUAUUUGUAUUUUGUCCCAAGUGCUCGCUGAACUGUUUGGGGACUCUCACACUGGUAAUGUCUUCCCUGUUAGAGAGGUUUCUGCUGUCACUUCAGAUUUCUUCUGGGAGACCUUUCGUCUUGUAGGCGUUUCUUACGUCAAGGUAAUUGUUCCGCCGUGGAGGCCUCCCUGACACUCCCUCCUGCGCUGUGUAGGAAGUGGCGGGUCUGGGCUGUACAUGGUCGCUCUCCACCUUGUACUAGUGUUGCCACGACAGCGUGGCCUUUCAUAGGUUUCAGCUAACCUGGGGGCUUGCAGAGAGGGUGGGUCCCCACGAGUGGAGAAGAGACUGUGGCUGGCUGCCCGGCCCAGGCCAGGCUGGACAGCUCUCACUCUCUUCAAGCCAGGACUCCCGACCAGCUGGCUGUGGGCACACACUCUGGCUGCUGGACUCCUUUCCAGCACAGCCUGUGGCCUGUGAGGCAGAACUGGGACCCUUGAUUCCCACACUGGGAGUCAGCCAGGACACUGGGGCUGAGUGAAACGCCCACUCUGAAGGCGUUUCUACCGUAAUAUCGGAAUUGAACACAUUGGCUAAAUAAAGUUGAGAUUUUACCACC